CUCGAGUGGGGCGAUCUCCGCCUGGGUUGCGUUCCCAGAGCUCGAUUGCCAUUACUUUAUGCGUCAGCUCGUCUCACAGCCGUGACGUCCACACAGUUCCACAGUUCCACCGGCCCCACAACCAGAACCAUACCCAAAAUCGGCGAUUCCACGGCGACUCGGUGACAGUCGCGCGCCCACAGUCAAAGCCAACGGUUCAACACUCGAUUUCGCGAGCAGGCGGCAUAUAUCGCGCACAUUAUAAAUAUAUACAUUCAUAUGCAUAUAUGUAUAUAGAACAGCCGAUAUUAAAUUGAAGACAAUUGUGAGUAGAGGUCGCGACAACGCAGCGCUAGACUCGCACGGUUGCUUGUGAUCCCGGGCAAGACACUCCGAUAUCUGGGUUUUCGAGCACUUGAAACUGAUUCGCGAUCCCUGCCGAUAAGCGCUAUCUUUCGGGCGGCGAGUUCUUGGUCUCCCAUUGUGCCUGAGCCCCCGUGCUAAGUGCUUUCUAAUAUACUCGCCGUGACUAAUCGGGAUAGUUUAGUGCCGUUUGAGUGCAAGGUGUUGAUAAGGAGAGCCCAGCCAUGUCGGACGCCCCCUCGAAUUCCAUCCGGAUCCUGAGUCCGGAGCUGGCCAAAAAGGCGCACGACGAGCUGGGGGAGGUGCCCGAGCGGAUCGACGAGGACAUCGAAACGCUGCGCACGUGGAUCUCCAAGCAGCCGCACCUGAAGGCGCGCCAGGAUGCCCAGUUCGUGGUGGCCUUCCUGCGGGGCUGCAAGUACAGCCUGGAGAAGACCAAGCUCAAGCUGGACAACUUCUACGCGAUGCGGGGAGCGGUGCCCGAGCUCUACAAGAACCGCGUGGUGGGCGACAAGCAGCUGAGCAUCCUGGAAACAGGCUGUCUCCUCCGGCUGCCGCGGCCCUUGCAGCCAGACGGUCCUCGCAUCCACAUCUCCCGCUACGGGCAGUACGACUCCAAGAAGUACUCCAUCGCCGAGGUCAUCCAGGUGAACACAAUGAUCGGCGAGAUACAGAUCCGCGAGGACGACAACGCCAUGAUAUCCGGCUUCGUGGAGAUCAUCGACAUGAAGGGCGUGGGGGCAGGUCACAUCUUCCAGUUCGACGCGGUGCUGGUGAAGAAGCUGGCUGUCCUGGGCGACAAGGCCUACCCCUACAGGCCCAAGGGCUUCCACUUCGUCAAUGCCCCGGCGAGUGCUGAGAAAUUCAUGUCGAUCGCGAAGAGUCUGAUGAGCGAGAAGAUUCGGAAAAGGUUCCACAUUCACUCCAAGCUGGAGAGCCUCUACAACUACGUGCCCAAGGAGUGCCUGCCCGUUGAGUACGGAGGCAGCAACGGAACCAUCCAGGACGUGGUCAGCACAUGGAGGACAAAGCUCUUGGCCUACAAGCCCUUCUUCGAGGAGGAGGCGUCCUACGGCACAAACGAAAAGCUGAGACGGGGAAAGCCCGUCAACGCCGAAUCCCUGUUUGGGAUCGAGGGCUCUUUCAGGAAACUGGAUAUCGACUAACAUAGACACCGUUAUAGCAAAUAGUAGAGUUUUAUCGUUAACUUUGUACAAACACAGACAAAUCGGAACUAAAAAACUAGAAACAAA